CUCCCCGGCCGGCGCUCGAGGGGAGCUAGCGCGAGAGCGCAGGCGGAGCCACGCGGGCGGGGGCAGCAGGAGCCUCGCGCUCUCGGCGGCUCGCGAGACGCUGAUGCGGACGGGACGUUCUGCUGCUGCUGCUGCUGCUGCUGCUGCUUUGUACCCGUCUGCGGCCGCGAAUGGUCCAUUCCGCGAGCCCUGCGACAGGCGCUGCUCCCCGCCUCCCUCCCAGAGCGAGACAGCCAAGGGCGCGCGGGCCUUGCCGCAGCCCAGCCUGCCAGCGCCUCGGAGGCGGGGGAGAAGAGGGGAGCCGGCUGCUGCCUUCGCCCGGUGCCCUGCCACGGAGCUGCUGGAUUGGAUCACUCCCAGACGACCAGAACUCUUUUAAGAUAAAAAAAUAUUUUGGGUGGAUAAGAUGUGCCAUGGAAUGGUAGCACCAAAGAGCAACACAGCAUCACCACUUGCCUUGACUGGUCAUGGAUUAUUUUUUCUGUUAGUUAUCUUCAGUACUUUCAUCUUGGAGGGACUGGCCUCAGUUUGCCCCCGUCCGCCGGAGCCUGAGAAUGGAGGCUACAAAUGCCAUCCAACUCCUUGCAGUGACCCUCUGACAUCUGACAGCGUCAUAGAGUAUGUAUGUGAUGAAGGCUACAUGCUAAAGGGAGAUUACAAAUACUUGACAUGCAAGAAUGGAGAAUGGAAUCCAGCCAUGGAAAUUAGCUGUAGGCUAAGCCAAGAUAAAGAUUCGCCCCCGACAAUCGGGGUCCCCACCCUCUCCAUAGUGGCAUCCACAGCAAGUUCAGUAGCUCUGAUCCUUCUCUUAGUUGUGCUGUUCGUUUUGCUGCAGCCAAAGCUGAAGUCUUUUCAUCACAGCAGACGUGAUCAAGGUGUAUCUGGGGAUCAGGUCUCCAUGAUGGUGGAUGGUGUCCAGGUGGCCUUGCCGUCCUAUGAAGAAGCAGUCUAUGGCAGCGCAGGGAACUGCAUUCCGCCCUCGGAUUCACGAGUACAGAUUGUGCUGUCAGAGGGAGCUGGGCAGAGUGGAACAAGUGAGAUGCAGCAGCAGCAGGACCAAGGGGCUCAGGACUGCUUUGUUGGAGAGGACGAGGCCCCAGGACGCUCUGGACUGUGUGAAGCCAGUGGCUCUCAACGCUCUGAAACUGUUCUCGUACACCAGGCCACCACCUCUUCCUGGGUAGCUGGCAUGGCUAGCAGUAGACCUGUGCACAAAGAUGCUCAAGACUCAGAAAGCAGUGAUAUACAAAGCCUUUUAUCACUUACUUCCUCGGAGGAAUACACAGACGAUAUUCCUUUGUUGAAGGAAGCAUGAGGCCUGCUGCACUUGUUUAGCCUUCUCCCUCUUGGUUCCCCCUCUUCUUCCUUGGGAUGCAAGCAUUCUGUGCAGCCUUCCCCACCUUCAUGAGCUGGGCCCUGGAUACCUCCAAGCAGAGACCCUUCAGCUGAAGAUCCAAAGGAUAUCGCCAGGUUGUCUCCUCGAUGCGCCAUUCGGGUUGGUGCAGUGUCAGCCUUCCCAUUCCAUCUGCAUUAGGGGCUUGAGUAAUGUAAUGGAUUUGAGCUCCUCCCUCUUCUUCCUUCCCUGUGCCAGAUGUUUGACAGCAGCGUCUGGAGAGCUGCUACUUACUUGUGCCUUUCUCCUUCUCACACCGGCUUGUCGCAGCUUCUCACAGGCCUCACUAGCUGUUCAGCAGCCCAGAGGGCAGGGACCAAGAACUGCUUGCUCGUUGGGUGCAGACAUAGUUUAUAUAAAGGCCUUUCUUCCAGUAUCCUCCUGGUGACUAGGGCAUGACAGAAUUCUCCAAGAAGGCUGAACCUGGGCUUGGGAAAAGUUCCAAUAUGGGUAAUUUACACUAUCCAGCAGUGCUCAUAGUUUUUAAAAAAUAAAGUGGUAUGUUCUGUAACUUGGUUGCAUAUUAACAGUUAGGCAUCACUGAGUAUUGUAAAGGCAGAGAAGUCUGACAUCUUUUACAAGAUUUUUGGAAAGCCUGAAGAUUUUUCUCUUCUUCCCCUUCAUGCCUUUUUUGUUAUCCCUCAUCUUCCCCCCCCCCCCAAAUAUACAUACACCUUUGAUGUAGCAGACUGUCUCUCUGCAAGAUUCCAUUCCAGAAAAUCACACUCUCUCGUUCUUUCAUUGACCUCACAAUCCACUCAGUUUUUGUGUUUCCUGAAGUCUAGGGCUGUGUCUACUCUGAGGAAAAUUUACCAGUUCCUUUCAGUGCUGGUCUAGCACAGGGGCAGCUCCUGGUGCUAAACUCUAGGAGAAUUUCUUCAAAAGGUUAGUUGUAGUCAAGGCUUAGAAGCAAGAAAACUUUCAGUACAACCCUGAUUUUCUGAUCUCCAGUUAACCAAGCCUGUAUGUUAACUGCAGGUUAAUCACAUUCUGCUGCCAUGGUGUACCAUGUUUGUGGCCCAGUUUAUCCAAAGGCCUGUUCUUUUGCAGGUGUCGGGUGUCUGACACUGUUUUAAAAAUAUCAGGUUUUCCUGCGUAACUGCUUGGGUUUGCCAACCACAAACAACUUUUAACUUGACAUGACAGUAAAAAUGGAAAAGUCAUUUAGUAACAUUGUCCCUUAGGGCUUUUUAAUAUGUUCUCUGGAUUAUUGGCCUUCUUUUAUGUUUGCAGUUUUGUCAGCAGAAAUAUUAACAUUGUCAGCUAAUGGUGGGGUUUGUGGUUAGCAUCCUCGAUUGCCUGGUAAGAGAUACCAUAAUGCAGGGUACUCGAGUACAGCAUCACACUUUCUAAAUAGUUGCACCAUGUCUUCAGAACCUUAAAUGGAAAGACUUGUGUUGCUGUUUUAUCCUAAUGGGACCUCUUUGUGCAUUUGGAGCUGCUCCCACGUGUGGGCCUCUUCUUCAUGGGGAUGGGGAACAAUGUGUUCACUAAAACCCCUUCUGAAGAGUGGAGUUGACACCAUUGGGUUGCGUGGUCAUUAUGGAGACAGCAGAGCAGUUUUUAAACAGUUACUUGGAGCAGGACACUCCCUAGUCCAGAGCAUGAGUUUUAAUGACUCUUUUGACAGGGCUGUCUUAAAAUAAGCCUAGGAAUACAUUUCUUGUCACUUGUGAAUGUAGGGCCUGGUGUGACAUACUGGAGGUUGUUACAUGUGGUGUUUCCUGAAUGAAUGGUGCUGCAUAGGGACAACUGUGUCCCAUGGCCAAAUGCAUGUUUGGGGCUUGGUGGUGGAUUUAAAGGAGUUAAGCAGGGAAGACAAGGGAGCAGCUUCCCUAGAGUUGGUUACAGCAGCGGUGCUUAGCCCCUCAAAAAAAGGUCUAUGCAGCUCAUUAAUUGGACUAAGGCAAAAGGGGCCGGGGUAGAGGUGUGCAUGCUCACCCAGUAUCUUAGUCAGCUCGUCAACCAGCAGUUGCCCCAAAGGGAAGCCAGUGAAUUUGUAUUUGAAAUGGAGGGUGCAAUGAGAUGUGGCUUUACUCAGCAAGUUGUGAAUACCUCAGCCCCCCUUUCUCUCCCCUUUUAUAAUUGUAUUCCCUACCCAGAGCAGUGACUAUAUUAGAAUACUUAGUGUUAUAUAACACUUUUUAAAAUGGAUUAUUGCUACAGUAACUGAGGUUAAGCUCCAGCUGCAGUGGGCAGGGAUUGGCUGCAGUGUAAAGCCAGCAACCUGCCUCCCCUGCUCAUUAAAUUCCCUAAUGCAUUUUCCUGUUAAUUUCCAGGACAACUGUAACUGUGUGUGUGCGUAUAUGGGGAACAGCUCUGUUUUCCCCCAUCCCUUGUAUCUCUUAAAUUAAGUCACAAGAAUUGUUUUAAAGAGACACUGUCAAGUUAAAAAUAGUAUAUUUUAAACAAACUUCUUUACCUGCCACAUCCUAGGUUACUGCAAGAAUUUGACAAAUCCAACUUUCACUAUCCUUGGUGGGUUUGUUUCUGUCUCACUUUGGACAAUAAAAAACGAACUUGUUUCAUUUCCAGUUUAAUGGUGCUGCAGUAUUUGGCUUUCAGACAGUGCAGGCAUAAAUGUAUUAAUUUGUAAACCAUUUCCAUUGGAAUUUAAAGAAAAUCAACAUGGAAAUAUUUCUACUGUUAGUUUUAAAAUUGUUCUUCUACAAAAUCACAUUUGAAAUAAGUGUCCCUAUAACCUGGUCUCUCACUUCUUAUCAAAGUGCAAACACUGACCUUGUUUUCUUCUCCUCAAACAAAUACAAAAUAGAAUGAAUUGCUCUCUAAUUAACUUAAGGUUCCCUGGUAACCAAAGCUGACAUCCAGCAGCCUGGGUGCAAAGGCCAGGUGCCACACUUUUCAGCUGACAGAAGAGCAUUCUCUUAAUGAAGCUGGAAUUUGAUCCCAGGGCCUAACCUUGCUCUCAAUGCUGAAACUGACAGCUAUGUACCUAACAGAGAGCGCAUAGUGGCUGUGUCCACUAACCCCGACUCACAAUAGUGUGGUUAGCCACCAGUCUGAGAGAAAUAAUCAACUGGGGAAAAACAGAAGAAGGGAACCUUAAUAUUGUUUUAUAGAGUCCCCCAGAGUUUCUUUCCCAGGAGGGAAUGGUGUGGGGAGAGGGAAAAGAUGUGGCUGUAAUCUUAAUAAUCAGUAGAAAUAGACAAUCGAUGCCUCUUUGAUUUUAAGAGGAUAAAACAGCAGGUAGUGAUACUGGCUUUUCAUGGGGGGCCCUAAUUCUAACCUGCUGGCUGGUAAUCUCUGAUGCCCCGGAUGCCUUGGCAGUUGCAGAAAAGCAGCAUGUUACUUUCUUCUGUGGAAACAUCCAUGCAGACUAGAGACAUUAAAUCCCAUGCAAGCUGGAACAAGCAGAAACAGCUUUUGGGUUCUUGUGUUUCACCUUCCCAAGCAUUCAGCUUUAGAGUUUACUUUCAUAUAAAAUGAGAGAGAUUGAGGAGGGGAAAAACCUGUUUGAAAACUUAUUUGCUGGAUUUUAAAAAGAAAAAACAACCCUUUUUCUUUCUCUUUACUGAGCAACAUGUGGACCAUUACCUGCAUACCUUUAAAGUCUUAGGGAGACUUGAAAGGGUAGGAAUCAAUUUCUGGGGAGGGAAGAGAGCUAGAAAGAUAAGCAAGAUGCUGCACACUCAGAACUCCCAUUUUAGUCAAUGGGAGCAAGAACUGCAGAACUCAGCCUUAAAGAACCCUUGCUUAUGAGCUCUCCCAUAAGAUGUUAGCAUUAAGUUGGAGUGAAGAAUACCACAUUUCUUGCAGGAAUCAUAGACCAGAGUAGUAAAAAGGAGACAGUCCCCCUAUAGCAUUCCCAGCAUGGUGCAGUUUUGUGUUGUCUUACACAUUCUGUACCCUGAAAUGCUUAACAAGAAUAUUCAAAUGAUUUAAUUAUACCUGAAAAUUAAAAAUAGCUAGCACUUAUUAAAAGUAUAAGGGGGUACAAAACGUAAAGGGACGCUGUCAGGAGAAAUUUACAAAACACUAUGUACAAUAGAAACUCUUCCAUGAUUUCUUUGCUAUUCCAAUUGAAAGGGUUUUUGUUGUUGUUUUUUAAACAAGGAUAUUCCUCUGCCCUGUUUGCAAUUCAAAUAUUACAGUACCAAGCAAGUGUGGGAGAUCCAAAAAGUGAAACUGACUACAAAUGAAAGUGAAUUGGAUUGGUCUCUUCUCAGUGCCCAAAUUAUGAAGUGCAAGGUGAAUUAAAAGCAAACUUUAAUCAUGUCAGUGUUGAAAUAAUGUAAAGGGAUUAGUAACAGGUAAGGGAACUUUGGUGGUUUGUUAUUGGUUGUUUUUUGUUUUUUUAAAUAAGGUCCUCACUCCUGCAGGUGGAAGGCGCAAGGUUCUGUAGCAUUCUCCUCCAUUAUAGGACUGCUGCACAAUUAGAGCUUUGUGGCUUUGGGACGGAGCAGAGCCAGAGGAUUCCUAUCCUUUUAAACCAACAGCAAACUUGCAACAUAAAAUUACACUCUGUGAGCAUCAUCUUACGUACUUCCUCUUGGAAGUGAACUCUCUCAGGGUUUCCCCAUUUAACAAUUCAACAAUUUAGCAGGGUUUUUAUGCAUCUGGAGGGGUGACUUGCCCUCAGAGCACAUGGAGUAAUUUGGGAGAGAAAUAUUGACAUUAUUCCAGAAGGAAAUAUAAAAUUCCCCAAAGUGUGGAGAAUUUGGGUUGAUUUGAAUUGGGACUCAGUGAGCGCAGUAAGUUCUGCUGUAGGAUGUAAGCUGGGCUGGGAGAUCAUUGCUGUGAAUACAGAAGAGAGAGCACCUAGAAAACUUGGGGUGAAUGAGUAGGAGCUGUUAAAAGCUCCAGCAGGCCCUGUAGGUGACUCAAACUAUUGGGUAACAAUGCGUAUAAUGGUGAGCCCAUAAAGAAGGGUUCACUGUGCCUAGAUGAUCAGAUACUAAAAACCAAUGACUCCGCCAUGUAAAAAAGUGGAGACGCAGCCAGAUAGAGAUGUUUAGAUUUCCUUGCUGAUCUGUUUACAACAUGUCAUGUUGUUAAACUAAUUUUACCCCAGCCUGGACAGCAGAACUAGUAUAAUCCGUUUCACUUCCUGGUUCUCAGACACGAGCACAAUAAAUUUCAUCCUGAAAAGAAGGAACUGCUGAUUAAAUUUGAAAACAUUUGUUCACAGAAACUUGUAGUUAAGAAACUUCAGUUGUCUCUGUAAAAGGCCUUGGGAACGCAGAGAGGCUGGCUUCAUUUGAGGGAGUGUUUUUAUAUUGGGAAUGAAUUUUCCACCAACAUUUCAGAACCUUGUGGGAAAAAAACAAAACAAACCCCAAGAAUGAUUGUCCUGCUCUCACCCCUCCCGAGACAAAGCAUGCAAGUCUCCGGGACCUCUCUGUCCUACAUACUGCUUCUAACUUGGCCUUCUGGAGAACUUUAAUAGGUUACAUGUGGUUGCACCAGAGUGGAUGUGUCUGAAUUAAAUUGAUGCUCUUCUAUUUUAACAUAUGCUUUUUGCCUCUGUCCAAGGGUGAACCAAGGAGAGGGGCAAUCUAAUUCUGCUGGAAAGUAAUGCUUUAUUUUUGAUUCUCAACUUUACAUAAGAGUUCAAACCAAACACAAAGCUGAACUGUCUGUGGAGCAGACACUGUGUGAUGCAGUGAGUACACUGCAGGUAGUUACAAAUAGGGAAGCUUGGUUGCCUUCAAUGCAUUAAUUUGUUUUCUGGUUUUUAUCUGAGUUACACCACUAUGGAAUUGUGUGCGGAAUGGUACUCCUAGAUGUGGGAUUUUAAAACAAAUGAAACGUAAUUGAUGCUGUGCAGGAUGUCACUCAAUCAGUUUUAUUUUUGCUUUUCUGGUCUCCUGUACAUUGCAGUGGGUGUGAAGAUAGUAUUUUAAUAUUUGUACAAAGUUUAAUUUAAUUUUAAUUGUUCUAUGUAUAUAACUGCAUUUCUAAAUUAAAAAUUCUUUUGAAGUGA